UCAUGUUGUAGUUGACACUGUUGUUAUUUUACACUAGCUGUAGAUUAAGGUUAAAGCUGUUCUUAUCACCUCGUCAUAAUGCUGUGUCAUAUUUUACAUUUUCGUUGUUGUUUGUCGUUGAAUGGCAGCUAGCAGAAGUAGUUCUCAGCCGUUAGUCUGUUCAGAGACAAUAAAACACCAACCUGAGGCAACACGGUAACAAACACUAAAGUUAAAACAUAACUUCAUAAUGUUUGAACAUGUUGUACACUUUUACAAUAAUGAUUACAAGAAGAGGACUUAAUUGUUAACUUGACUGGCUGAAAGUCGCUCAGUUUGUUCAGGAGCAGCUACACCAGUGUGAGAUUCUACAUGGAGGGAAAUUAAAAAAGUGAAACUGGAUUGUGUGUCUUGAAUAGUAAAAACACACAUAGUAUGUUUCAAAUGAAUAAACAUACUUUUGAGAUUUGUACUUAAACAUUAAAGGCUUUAUACAAGUUCAGUAUCUGAAAUGAAAACUCAGAAGAUUUGGAAUGUACUUUCAGCAAACAAAGUAGAGGAGUGAUUCAGAAUGCUGACUGUGCCUCGUUAAUCUUUCUGUAGAUCUCUGAGCUGUUCUCAACACCCCCCCCCCCCCCCCCCCUUGUGGUCCUUAUCUCAGGUGUGACAGGAUGUCCGUGUGGCAGCAGGAGCCGUCGGGUUAUUCCCCCUGCGUUGAGAUCGACUCCAGCUCCGUGAGGUGCAAAGACAGGCUCGCCUCUCCGGCCUGGCUGAAGCAGGAGCAGGAUGAACUCUGCAUCAUCAAGUGGGAGAGUCUCCAAACGGGAACGUCGACUGACGCCGUCCAGGACAACACACCCAGCAGCGCCAUGCCAGCAGCCUCACAUGCAGAGAGCCUCCCACCAAAGGUGCUGCUGACCAUCACUAAGCUCCAGUGCAUGCUGGAGAGCAAACAGGAGCGCAUCGCCGCGCUGGAGAGACAGGUGGAGGACCUGAUUCAGGACCGCAAGUUCCUGAGGAGCCAGUUAGAAAACCUCACAAGCAACCGUGCCAUGCAUACGUUUGCAUCGCCCAGUCCAGUGACAGAAGCCCCGAAAUCCAGCAAAAUGCAGCACUCAGAAAACAAAUCCCGUAAGAGAGAACAAGUUUCCUGCAGCUCCUCUGACAGCAGCAAAAGUCACUCUGAAGCGUCAGAGUCUUCAGAAAUGUCUGCAGCCUCGAGUGAACACAAGAGGAGAAAACACCACAAAGACAAGAAAAGGUCAAAGAAAGGGAAGGACUACAGCAGGAAGAGAGCCACCGGUGUCCAGUACGUCAUCCACCGCUACAAACAAGUCCUGUCAGCCUUCAUCAAAAAGAAAAACAUGAGCGAAGCUUUCCGCCGUCUAGGAAUCGACCGGAACACCAUCGCCAACACAGCGUCCAUCGCCGAGCUCCACCUGGCCGGUAAAGACAUGGUGCCCCUGGUGGGCACGUUUCGUCAAGGAGAAGAGACUUUGGUCAGCUACGCCCAAAGGUGCACCCUGGUCAUCGACAGCGACCCCGAUCUGGCGAGGAGAAUAGACCAGAUGAAAGCGAACUGCGAGCUUCUACCCAUCUCGGGGAAAAGGCAGAGGCUGUUGCAUUCUCACAUGCAGCCACUAGUGGGCCCUGCAGAGAGCAUUUUGAUAGGUUGAUGAUGAUUUCAUUUUGUGGGUUCAAAAAAUGUUGUUAAUUUGUUCUUCCCCUGAUCUGAACUGCUGGAUUCAAAUAUUUCAUGUAGCAUUUUUUUCAUAAAUAUAUAUAAAGAUGAUAAUUUUUUCUUAAGGGGAACAAAAAUGUAUAUUAUGUUCACUUUUAGGUUGUAUAUUUUAUACCUGAUGGAUAUUUAAAAAAAAGGCACAGCUGCUCUCACCAAUGGGAGGUUUUUUUUUUAUUUUUUUUUUUAUAUUAUUUAAUGUGUAGUUUAAGAAACUGCCCACAAGAUGGCAGCACUCACACAUAACAUCAUUUUUUGUCAAACCUCUCCUCUUGUCUUUCACUCCAAAAUGGUGGAAAGUCAAUUUCUAUUUUUACAGUGCCCGGGCUCUGAUGGAGAAAUAACUUUAUGUUCAUUGACUUUAUGUAGAAACUUGGCUUGACUAUCCUGUGAUACAUCAAAUGUAAAAACUGUAUUUAAGUUAAUUUGUUUCAAAGUGUGUCAUGUUGUUUCUGAAACUGCCGACAAAUGAAAAUGAAAACUGUUUGAUCAUACAGAAUGUUUCUUUGCUUGUCUUUUAA